AUGAAGCACCUCGCAGCUUACCUUCUCCUUACCCUCGGCGGUAACGAGUCUCCCUCUGCCGCUGAUGUCAAGGCCGUCCUUGAGUCCGUUGGCAUUGAGGCUGACUCCGACCGUCUCGACACCCUGAUCUCUGAGCUCAAGGGCAAGAACGUUAACGACCUCAUUGCUGAGGGUUCUGAGAAGCUUGCUUCCGUUCCUUCCGGUGGUGCUGCUGCCUCUUCCGGAGGUGCUGCUGCCGCUGGUGGUGCCGCCGAGGAGGCCAAGGAGGAGGAGAAGGAGGAGGAGAAGGAGGAGUCCGACGAGGAUAUGGGCUUCGGUCUUUUCGACUAA